UGGCGUCUGUUGAUUUCAAAAAUGUUUGUAUAUUAGAAAAAUAUCAAGAGAUUAGUUCAUAAAUUCGUAAUGGAAAUUCGGAGUCCUAUUCGGUAGUGAUUGCGGUAAAAAAUGCGAUUUUCCUAUGUGAAAAUUUGACAGGAUAAAACCAAACACACCUCGGUGGGGGAGUACGACAAAAAUGGCUGCCGAAAGUUUUCACGGAAAUGUAUUUUAAACGGAAAGCGUGAAAAUAAUGAACGUUUAAUCACUUUCGACAGGUCUGUUAAAGAUUUAUUGUGUUCAGUGCUUGUUCCACCGAUUGCUGCUUUCAUGGAAUACAGAUUUAAUAGUGAUUAACUUUCCGAAUUGUCGAACACCGGUGACAUAGAAGCAAGCAAGUCUGCUGUAAUGGGGGACCUUGAGGGAACGGAAGCCACAGGGGCGGCUGCGGAACGUCGACUUCGCCAACUAGAAGCUCUCUAUUUGGGAGGGCCACUAGCCGCCCAUGGACAAUCCUUCAGCGUCGAAUCCCUUAUUGACAUUAUGCUGGUUCUGUAUGACGAAUGCUGCAACUCCAGCCUCAGGAAGGAGAAAACUGUUUCCGAUUUUUUGGAGUAUGUUAAACCUGUGGCCAAUACUGCAAAGACGCUGCGGCUCAAUCGUGAUGACUUCGAAAUUGUUAAGGUGAUAGGUAGAGGAGCAUUUGGUGAAGUGUGUGUGGUUAAAUUACGUGGUUCAGAAAAAGUGUUUGCCAUGAAAAUCCUCAAUAAAUGGGAAAUGUUGAAAAGAGCGGAAACUGCAUGUUUUAAAGAAGAACGGGAUGUCUUAGUUUUUGGAGAUCGCCGAUGGAUAACCCAUUUGCAUUAUGCAUUUCAGGAUGAGUCAAACCUAUAUUUGGUUAUGGACUAUUACUGUGGUGGAGAUUUGUUGACUUUGUUAAGUAAGUUUGAAGAUCGUCUUCCAGAGGAUAUGGCCAGGUUUUACAUUGCUGAAAUGGUUCUGGCAAUAGAUUCUAUACAUAGACUGAAAUAUGUACAUAGGGACAUAAAACCUGACAAUGUCCUAUUAGACGCAAAUGGUCAUAUUAGGCUAGCAGAUUUCGGUAGUUGUUUAAAACUUAACGACGAUGGCAUGGUGCAAUCAAAUGUAGCGGUUGGAACACCAGAUUAUAUAUCGCCUGAAAUUUUGAGAGCUAUGGAAGAUGGACAAGGUCGAUAUGGACCUGAAUGUGAUUGGUGGUCUUUAGGUGUGUGCAUGUAUGAAAUGCUGUUUGGAGAAACGCCCUUCUAUGCGGAAAGUCUAGUCGAAACGUAUGGCAAGAUAAUGAACCACAAAAACUGUUUCGACUUCGCUAUGGAUGUUGAUGUCUCUGAUGGUGCUAAAGAUCUGAUCAAGCGAUUGAUAUGUAGUCAGGAAUUCAGGUUAGGACAAAACGGAAUCGAUGAUUUUAAGAGCCAUCCAUGGUUUGAAGGUGUUGAUUGGGACGGUCUCAGAGAUAGCAAUGCACCAUAUGUUCCAGAAGUGUCCAGUCCAACAGACACCUCAAAUUUCGAUGUGGACGAUGCGGAUAUUCGAAUAUCUGAUGCGUUACCACCUACUACCAACAGCGCGUUCACCGGUCUACAUUUGCCUUUUAUUGGCUUCACCUUCACGCAAGGAAGCUAUAUAUGUGACUUAAGUAAUCUAUAUUCCUUUAUAUCGUCAGCGUCGGUAACAAUGACUGAAAAGCAAAAUCAAAGAAAUGAUAUAAUGUCGAUAGCUCCAGCAACGAAUCAACAAAAUCAGCGACAACCUGAAAAAGAUGAAAAACAACGAACUUCACCCGAUGGUACCAGAAAGCUGCAAGACGAAAUUAAUAUAUUGACCAAAAGAAAUUGCGAAUUAGAAUCACAAUUACGAAGUUUGGAAUCGUCAGAUUCUUUGGAUGGCGGAGAUACUGUUAAAGUAAAAGAACUAGAGAAAUUAAUAAAAACCCUGAAGCAAGAGAAAGACGAUGCGAACAAAGACAAACAGGAUCUUCAAGAAAAGUUGAAAUUUCAAGAUAAAGAGCUGAAAGAUGCCGUGGCUCAGAAGAAAUUGGCUAUGACUGAAUAUGCCGAAGUCACUGAUAAACUAGCAGAAUUAAGGGCCCAGAAGCAAAAAAUGUCUAGACAAGUUCGGGAUAAGGAAGAGGAAUUAGAAACUGUAAUGCAGAAAGUGGAUUCUCUACGCAACGAUAUCCGAAGAGCCGAAAAAUUGCGACGAGAAUUAGAAUCUAGAGUUGAAGAAGCACAAGCGGAAGCAACCAAAGAGAGAAAGUUAAGGGAAAGAUCUGAAGAAUACUGUAGACAGAUGCAAGCCGAAUCGGAUCGAUUGAGAGUUAGAUCAGAACAUAGUCCACGAGAUCAACAGGAUUCCCUUAGACUUAAAGCGGAAUUGGAAAAAUUGGAAGUACAAUACAAUGAAAGUUUAACACAACAGCAAACAAGAUAUAAUUUGGAGCUGACAUCUUUGCGAGAGCAACUGCAAGAUGCUGAAUCACACAGGGAUCUUUUAGAAAGGGAGCUACAAUCAUUAAAAGAAAAGUGGGAAAAGUCUAAGCUUGAAGCCAUAACAGAUACCGAACAAGCGUUGGCAGAAUUAAACCGAAGACAUGAGAGAGAUAAGCAGACAUUGUCAGAAGAAAAUAAAAAGCUUUCCUCUAAUGUUCAGUUUCUAACUGAAUCAAUGAACCGAUUACAAUCUGAACGAGCAAAUUUGGAAUCUGAGUACGAAACAUUACGGACGAAACAAGAUGCUCUGGGUCAAUGGGAAUCUCAAUUAUCAGAAAUCAUUCAGUGGGUUAGCGAUGAGAAAGAUGCACGCGCAUACCUGCAAGCUCUGGCCACCAAAAUGACUGAGGAGUUAGACUACCUUAAACAUGCAGGUGUGUCAAAUAGUGUCGGUGGUUCAGACAAAAACUGGCGGAAUAGGCGUUCCCAAAAACUGGACAAAAUGGAGCUACUUAAUCUGCAAAGUUCCCUUCAAAGCGAAAUUCAAGCUAAACAGGCGAUAAGUGAAGAUCUGAGCAAAACUCGGGAAGCGCUUCUGGCCGCUCAAAAGGAUCUUCGCGAAUAUCGACAACAAAAUGAUAGUUUAGCACUCGAUUUGAAGCGGAAAGAGAAGCAAAUCAAGGAUUUGCAGAACCGGUUAGACUCUGAAGGAUUUUUGGAGAGGCCAUCAUCGCAGAUGUCCUACUUAGAACAGUUUCUGAAGGAAACUAACUCUUCAUCAGUGCAGAAUAUGUAUGACAACGUACCACCUCAGGCGCAGCUAUUUCCAGGUGGUUCGUUGGAAUCGGAAGAUGGAGACAUAGAGGAUAAUAGAGCACCGAGUAUAGUAAGCUCGAAAAGCAAUCUUUCCGAAGUUAGUAUGCACCACGAAACCCAUUCCCCAAUGAAGCACAAGGCUCAUCAAUUUUUAGUACGAACGUUUUCCAGUCCAACGAAAUGUAGCCACUGUACGUCGCUAAUGGUAGGCUUGAUGCGUCAAGGAAUGGUUUGUGAAAUUUGCGGGUUUACCUGCCAUACGUCGUGUUGUCCUCAUGUGCCUCCAGUUUGUCCGGUUCCACCUGACCAAACCAAACGACCUCUUGGGAUAGAUCCAACUAGGGGUAUCGGAACGGCCUACGAAGGUUACGUCAAAGUUCCUAAGCAAGGCGGAGUGAAAAGAGGGUGGGUGCGUCAGUUUGUAGUGGUGUGCGACUUUAAGUUGUUCCUGUACGACAUAUCAGCCGAUCGCAAUGCCUUACCCAGUGUUCAUGUCGCGCAAGUUUUAGAUAUGCGUGAUCCCCAAUUUAGUGUGAGCAGUGUCAAAGAUUCGGAUGUGAUACACGCUAAUAAGAAGGACAUUCCCUGCAUUUUUAAGAUAACCACCUCGUUAAUGGAACCUCCCGGACCAAGAAAUGCAAUGCUAAUGUUAGCAGAUUCAGAAGCGGAAAAAAAUAAAUGGGUUGUUGCCUUAGCGGAACUUCAUCGGAUUAUGAAACGAAACAAUUUGCCCAAUACCACAGUGCUAUUAGCUAGGGAGUUGAUAGACAAUUCCUUGGCAAUGCUUAAAAAUACUCUAAGUUCUGCCAUUAUAGACCCGGAUAGGAUCGUUCUAGGAACCGAGGAAGGUUUAUAUUGCAUAGAUCUGGAUAGGAGCGAGAUAGCGAAGAUAGGAGAAGCUAAGAAAAUUUUCCAAAUCGAAUACAUAAGUGAGGAGCAUCUGCUGGUUGUAGUUAGCGGCAAGCAACGCCAAGUGAGAUUAGUGCCUAUAAGAGCUUUAGAUGGGGACGACACAGAAUGGAUCAAAGUUACCGAAAGCAAAGGAUGUUCGGUGCUAACCGUGGGGCCUGUUUUAAGAGCGCCACUCACGUUCUGUCUGUGCAUUUCUAUUAAGAAGCAAAAUUCUUCAGUGAUAAUAAUUUAUGAAAUAACCAGAACUAGGACUAGGCAUCAGAGAGUGCACGAAAUUUCGAUUCCUGUUAAUGUUCAAGCACUUCAGAUUCUUUCUGAUGGGAGGCUGUGCGUAGGAUCUCCGUCAUGUUUCACUGUGUACAAUAUUCAAAGUGGAGAAUCAUUCAUCUCUUUGCUUCAUCCGGAAAAUCCUUUGUACGCAACUAUAACGUGCAGUUCCGUUGAAGCCUUAAGAGUCAUCGAAUUGCCCAGGAGAGAGUACUUAUUAGUUUUUGGUACUUUGGCCGCUUAUGUCGAUAAGCAUGGUCGCAAGUCCCGAGAUCGUGAAAUUAUGUAUCCUGCGGUUCCUACUGCCAUUAGCUAUAGAGACGGUCACCUAGUUGUUUACAGCGAGACACACAUCGACAUUUUUAACUGUGCGACCGGCGAAUGGGUUCAAACUUUGAACAUCAAGAGAGCGAAACCGUUAAACGAUAGUGGAAGUCUAUCGUUAUGUAUAUUGCACGAAUUAACCCAUCUUCUGUAUUUAUCAAAUGUGCAUCAAAGAGAACUAUUAAAUUUAGAAAACAUAGUUACAUUAGAUACAGAGGGUAGGGUGAUACAAAAACCAAGACGGCGGUUUUCAUUGAGAGAAGGCAAUAGAUCAACACGAUUUUUUUAUUCCAGAAACACGGAUAGACGUUCUAAGUUAAUUUCGGCACCGACGAACUUUAACCAUAUUAGUCACGUAGGUCCCGGUGAUAGUAUUCAGCAACAAAGACUGAUUGAUUUAACCACUAGUCUUGUCGACCAACUUCCCGAGCAAAUAUCUUAUGGACCUCCUACACCACAACCUAGGCCUACUAAACAAGCACCAUUACCACCAGUUCCUACUUCCGGGAAGUCUCGUCCCUACAUAGAAAUUUCGAAUCCGAUUCCUUUACGACCAGCGCCUCCAGUUUACAAUGGGGCUAAAAGAGCGGCACCUCCACGACCCAGAGAAUUACCUCCUGCGUUACCCCGCCCUUCUGAUACGUCUCCUUCGCCGGACCCAGCGAGUAUAGGAAGCAUGUCUUCACUACAUGAUAUGCUUAAGUCUGCAGAAGUUAAAAGUAGUCCACGUCAUUCAAUUGCCAGCAACAACAGCUCGAAUCUCUCUACACCGCCAUCGCCCCAGGCAGAUCUUCACCACAGCUCCAGUUACGACAGUUAAAACAUUUAAGCUUUAUCAAAUCAACGCUAUUAAUUCGCAGGUGGCUUUUCAUAUCUAUGUAAGUGAGUCCAAGUUAGUUCCAAUCUAUUGAUAAUAACAUUUUAUACUAUUAGUUGCUGGAGUUUGCUUCCAGUCACACGCGCUUGGAAUGGAAACAAAUGUCCCUUUAAACUAUUUCAUAGCAUUGGAGGAAUAAGGUUUUGCUCAAGGUAUAUCCCACUUGAUCAACAGUUUACCCCAAAUUCGUUUUGUACUUGAAACUACAUAAUUUUAAUCGCGCCUUAAACAACAGCAUAUCUUCCACAUUAUUAAUUAUCUUGCAAGGGGCCACACGUAAUUGAUAUUUUAUGCAUCUACUGUACAAUUCCUAUUACUAACACUAAGCCUGACGGAGUUAAUUAAUAGUUGUGAUCCACUAAUGCUGAGUCAAUUAAAUAUGUACUUUUUUUACAUGGUAAUUAAAAUAAGGCGUCGAAAUAAUCGUCUCUAGCUAGCUAUAAGUCAUCAUAUAGAAUAUGGUGGUUUACGGCUAGCUAAACCAAUUUACAUUUAUAUGGGAAAAUAAUGUCAAACCGUCAAAAAUAUUAAAAGCGUUGAUUCGGUUAUUAAUACGUUAGUGUAGAUUAUCAUUCCAUUCUAUACACAUUAUCUCGUUAUAUGGGCUGAUAUGCAAGAUACCUAGAGUGUUAUGUGAGGCAUGAUGUAAUUAUCACUGUACACUUUAGUCGUAUCUUUCGCAAGUCCGAGUAGUUACCUCAAGUUAACAGUAAGCCCAGUUCGUUUUAAAGAUAUGAUAUGAGGAAGUUUAUCUUAUACUAUAGGCAUGGCACUGUACUUAUUUGUGUUUCUUCUGUAUAUUUUUGUAUUAUUUUGCAGCUUACUUUGAUGCUUAGAUUAAGAUUUUUAGAGUUAUAUGAAAAGUGUAAAAAUGCAAGUCAAUUAUCAAGUACUAUAUAACAGGUUUAUUUUCAUUUUUAAUAUUGACAUCAACUUAGUUGACCUUGUAACAAACAAAGAGCAAUAAAUCUUCAUCGUCACUGGAAACUAUGAAACUGCAGUUUCAAUCUUUGUUUAAUAAGUCGUUUCUUGAAGGUUAUUAUAUCGAAUAGUUGUCAUUUUUAUAAGAAUGGAAACUCCGCAAUUGACUCCUAAAUUAAUUUAAGGACAUGAAACGUUCCUCCAGAUGGUAAAUCAAUUAAUACACACAAGAACAAAUUGUAAAUUAAAAAUUACUUGCAGUGAUUGUUGAAUAAAUUACCUGAAUAUUUUAACGGUAUAAAAUGAUUUAUGUACCUUUUACUUUAAUUAUUAUAUUGUCAAAUAUAUUUAUUUAUUUAACUUGUGUUAGUCGUUUUCACUACGAUGCAUUAUGUUGAAAAGAGUAAUGUGUUAUUAUAUUUUAUUAGAAUAGAAAAAUCAUAAUCAAAUACUUAACAUAUUAUAAGUAAUCGAGAAUUCGUUGUAGUGCAUUUUUUAAUAUCACCCAGACAAUAUAGUAUUUGUGAUAAGUGACUGAAA